AUGCAGCAACUCAUUGAUAAUGUCAAUAUCAACUACAAGAGUGACAUGGCUGCUGAACUUGGACAAUAUGUUCCUGCAAUUGGGACGGAUUCCAACAAUUCGAUGGAACCCCAAAGUAUCAAAGCAAUUUACAUUGAACCUACAAAGGCACAAUGUACUGGGCACCGAGUGCUCAACCUCAAUACUAAAAAGAUGAUUUCCCGACCCAAGGUCGUUGUACUACCCGUCACCGACCAAGUAAUCCAGCGUGUUGAAGCUUGGGCUGCUGCCAAAGGUGUUGCGUCCAUGAAGUUCUUCAAUAAGAAGAGAGAUUUGGAGACAUUUCAAGAUGGCAAUCAAAUCGCAGGAGUGGAUGACACGGAACAAGGUUACUUAGAAGAAGCCUUUGAUCAGGACUAUGAACCUGAAGAUGAAGAUGAACGUGAUUUCAAUCUACAUGGACAAUUUGAUGAUAUCGAUGACUCUGAAAGAGAAGAGCUCUUGGCAGAUGCAGACAAUGAUGUCGAUGAUAUGCCAGAACUCACUGUCAGAUUCCAAGGAGAUGAUGACUAUGAAUCAGACGACAAUUCAGGUGAUGAAGGCAACAAAGAGGAAGAACCUAUUGUGGCCGAUUUGGAUCACCAUCAAGAAAAUGUCGAUAGAGGAACCAAUGAUAUUGGGAGCCUCGUUACUGAUCUGGAGGACCUACAAGAGCCGCCAGAAGAAGAGAUUGUAUUUGAGCCUGAAGAAAUGCCUCAAAUAGCAAAGGUCACUCAAUCUGGGCAAACGUAUGCGCAAGCUGCAAUGUCUGGGCUGAACCUUUCCCAAGUUCCAAAGAGACCAAGAGAAUUGCCUUCAAGCAGGAGUGGCAGUUCUGACAAUAAGAACAAGAAUCAAGUUGUGACAAGACGCAAGCAUCAAGAAAGAGAAUUGAAACUGUUGAAGAACAAGUUAAAAUCUGGUAUUCAUACCAAAGUAGGAAGUCGCAGUACUAAAGACAGUAAAGCUAUCCUUGAAGCAAAGCACAAUCUAUGUUUCCAACAGAUUGGGAAUAAGAUGAAAGCUGAUUAUGAAGAGCACGACGCUAUUCUGCUCGCUUGUUGCAUGAUGCAGAUCAAGGCCAAGUUUGAUACUGACGAAGGUCUGAACUUCAUUCAACAGUAUUACAUCAAUCAAGCACUGAAGAAGUUUGGUGAUGAUGGAAAGGAUGCUGUGGAUAAGGAAUUGAGACAAAUGCUCCUGAGAGAUUGUUUCACUCCCGAAUUUGUUAAAGACAUGACCGCGUCUGAGCGAAAGAAGGCCCAAUCAGUGAUGAUGUUACUCGCGGAGAAGCAAUUCGACAAGACAAUUAAAGGUCGCCUAGUAUACCAAUUCAAUGGAACUCGUGAAUGGUUAUCGCGAGAGGACACUGCAAGUCCAACUGCUUUGCAGGAAGCAAUCACCACUACUUGUGUUAUUGAUGCACACGAAG